AAAAUCCCACUAAUAACACGAAGGACUAUUCUGCCAUCAAAUCGUCUAGCCAGACCUUCCAUGGCGAACAAGUGAAAAUCAGACCCGGAACUCUUGAAAGCCCCAAAUUGUAUCCGAAACCUGCUUCAAUGGCUCGAAGAUCUUUCUCAAUCCUCAAGCAAAUCCUACAAAAAUCAGCCGACAACCACUGCCCUUUCUUAUGCCGAUCCGUGACGUACAUGCCGCGGCCAGGUGACGGCACGCCGAGGCCCGUAACCCUAAUCCCCGGAGAUGGAGUCGGCCCUCUGGUGACAAACGCCGUUGAGCAGGUGAUGGAUGCGAUGCACGCGCCUGUCUACUUCGAGCGCUACGAUGUCCACGGAGAUAUGAAGACCGUUCCACCGGAGGUGAUAAAGUCGAUCCAGAAGAAUAAGGUGUGUCUCAAAGGUGGCCUUCAUACACCAGUCGGCGGAGGCGUGAGUUCUUUAAAUGUACAGUUGAGAAAGGAACUGGAUUUGUUUGCUUCCUUGGUGAAUUGCGUCAACUUGCCUGGUUUGCCAACGCGGCAUGACAACGUGGAUAUCGUUGUGAUUAGGGAGAACACUGAAGGAGAGUAUUCCGGACUCGAGCAUGAGGUAGUUCCUGGUGUCGUCGAAAGCCUCAAAGUGAUCACAAAAUUUUGUUCAGAGCGCAUUGCCAAAUAUGCAUUUGAGUAUGCCUAUCUCAACAACAGAAAGAAGGUCACAGCUGUGCACAAAGCCAACAUUAUGAAGCUUGCAGAUGGUUUAUUUUUGGAAUCAUGCCGAGAGAUUGCCAAGAAGUAUCCUGGAAUUCAAUACAAUGAAAUUAUUGUGGACAACUGCUGUAUGCAGCUUGUCGCAAAGCCAGAACAGUUUGAUGUCAUGGUGACUCCCAAUCUUUAUGGAAACCUGGUUGCAAAUACAGCUGCUGGUAUUGCUGGUGGGACUGGAGUUAUGCCUGGAGGUAAUGUUGGUGCUGAUACUGCAGUCUUUGAGCAAGGUGCCUCAGCUGGAAAUGUGGGCAACCAAAACCAAGUGGAGCAGAAAAGGGCGAACCCGGUGGCAGUUCUCCUCUCAUCAGCAAUGAUGUUGAGACAUCUCCAGUUUCCAUCAUUUGCUGACCGUUUAGAAACUGCAGUGAAGCAGGUGAUUGCAGAAGGCAAGUACAGGACAAAGGACCUGGGAGGAGUCAGUACAACCCAAGAGGUGGUGGAUGCUGUUAUAGCUGCUCUUGACUAAACUCUCUAAUCUUGGAGAAUCAUUCAUUUAUUAAUAGAGGUCAAAUUCAGACACGGCUCCCCAAUAUUUUCUUCUCAAUAAAUUUGAUCUGGCUUUGAUUGAUUCCUUUCCGCUGUCGUUUUGUUUUUGCUUUCACACAAAUACUACCUCUUCGUUUGUUGCUUUUUAAAUGAAUAAUUUUCCCCAUUGUAAAGGGUGCGCUAUAGGCAUUCCAGUUUUUUGCCUUCUAAUUCAUUUAUGUAAUUCUUCAAGACUAGAAUACCACAAACGAAUGUUAUUAGAUUAACCGGAUGGCUCUUGUUCAGGGAUAUAACAGUUUUGUCUACACGUGAAAAUCAACUGUGUUGCACACUUGCACUUGCACUUUACUCAUAUUUAUUGUGUUCGAUUAUUUCAA